CCCGAAGGAUGAGUUGGCGUUCACACCGGAAGUAGAACAACUACUGAAAGUGAAAACAAGGGGAUAAAGAAUUCUGGCAUUGCGAGUGUGUAUUCUGCUGUUGUCUGCGUAGACUUGUUUCGUCGAAAGUCCAGAGUCUCAGGUGUCCGUCAUGAGUCUCCAGUGGACGGCAGUGGCGACCUUCCUCUAUGCUGAGGUUUUUGCAGUUCUGCUGCUGUGUGUACCUUUCAUUUCCCCAAAACGAUGGAGUAAAAUCUUCAAAUCCCGUCUUGUGACACUGAUAACAACUUAUGGAAAUACAGCCUUUAUCGUUGUUAUUUGUAUUCUUGUUUUUCUGCUCAUUGAUGCUUUCAGAGAAGUGCGGAAGUACAGUGUGACCGAUAAGGUGGACCUGACCAACAACCCUGUUGCCAUCGAACACAUUCACAUGAAGCUCUUCAGGGCCCAGAGAAACGAGUACAUCGCCGGCUUCGCCCUGCUUCUGUGUCUGUUGCUGAGGCGCCUUGCCACCCUGCUCUCUCAGCAAGCGACUCUCAUGGCAUCAAACGAAGCUUUUAGGAAACAGGCCGAGGGAGCCAACGACGCGGCCAAGAAGUACAUGGAGGAGAACGAGAAACUGCAGGAGAAACUAAGGGAGGCAGGCGUCGAACUUCCAGAGGUGGGAAGCAAAGCGGUUGGAGGUGUGGAGGAGGAGAACAAAGCCCUGAAGGGAGAGGUGAAACAGCUGAAGGAGGAGCUUGAGGCAACCAAGAAAGCUCUUCAGAAGUCUGACAGUGAUGUAAAGGCCAUGAAGAAGCAGGCUGAGAACCUGACUGUGGAAUAUGAUCGUUUACUGGAGGAACACGCCAGAGUGCAGGCGAAUAAGGAUGCCCGGCACGAUAAGAAGUCCGACUGAUGGAGGAGGACCAGCAUGAAUGUGUGCCCUUCACCCGUCACCGUUGGCGACAGUGCGCUCCACUGUUUUGCACGUCAUCUGUCUGAGUGCUGAAGGAAGAACUCGGAAGGCUGUUCCAUUCCAGUAUCUGGUGUUUGAUGCUUUAUAAUUGGUUUUUGUGUUUGUUUUUUGAGAAAGUUAUGCAAAUGAGUAUCGCUUUCUCACACGCACACACCCCCACACACACCCCAAAGUACACGCAUACCAUACGCAAAUACACACACACAUACACAUGCACACACAGGGUUUUUUUUUUCCAUUUGUAAUUUUUGAUCAUGUAUUCUUUACUUUGUUUGGUAAGGCUAUACUGUUCUUUCUAAAAUGAGUCAUUUUUCUUUUUGGGCCCAAAAAAAACAUGACAUUUUGUAAUACUAAGGUAUUUUGUACAAAGUCCUUGUCCUCGAAAGUUGAUUUGUUCGUCAAAUAGGAACCAAAUCAAAAAAAAUCUAUCAACAAUACAUUUGGGACCACCAUUUAUUAUACUUCGUUAUACUAUAAUUAUUUAGGCUUUGUUUUGGCGGGAAUGUUAAUAUGCUAAUCAUGUUAUGAAGUCUCUUCAUGUUGGGGUCAUGUGUAAAUGGUUUUGAAUUUGCUUAUCUAGAGAGGUAUUGAGAUUUUGCCUUACAAGGAAAUGUAGAAAUGUAUGUGUAUGUUUUGUUCUCCUUUACAUAAAGUCAUCAUCUUGAAGUUUAAAAAAGAAAAUCAGUGUAUGUUUAAUGUUGGUACAGCAGUGUCACAACAGACAAUUGAUUUUUUUUUUUUGGUUAUUUGAAUAGCUCCUUCUUUUCAUGUUGAAUCAUGUUAGGUGGAAUGACGGGAAAAACAGUUCUUAUUUUUGCAUUGUUUCUCUCUCUCUUCAGCAGUACAGAGGCAUUAUUGACAUUUUAUUGUGCCCUGUUGUGAGAUAAAAAAAAAAACUACGGAGAGAUUGUUAAGCACUUAUCCUGACAGGCUGGUACCAGCUGUGUCCGGUUUGGGUAGUCUGAGGCAGCAGAAUCUGAUCCAAGGCACGGUGUACUGUAAUAGUGGUAAACUACCAAAACUUGGCAAGGACACUCAAGCAUAGAAGAGUUAAGAUUGCAUUUCAAAACAGUUCCUGUUCUAGCAAAGGUAAUGGAGCUUCAAAAUAUUUCACUGCAGCCUUUUGAGAAUUACCGUAACAGAUAGCAUUUUAGUUCAGAGGGCUUCUUAAAAUAGCCCUUGAGUUAAUCACUUUGAUGUUAGCUUCACUCUGACAGUUUUCCUUUUAUUAAAAUGCUGCGUAGUGUAUUUGCUGCUUAUCAGAGAUCUUUGAUGGCUUGUCAAAGUAGGAGGGGAAAACUGACAGUGAUGGUAGGGCUGGCAUGGAGACUUUUUUUUUUUUUUUUUUCCCUUAACCUUCCGACCUGAAGACGCUGUUGUACUGUAAACAAAUAUCUGUGAAGAGGGAACGAAGAGCGACGGGUCCCGACACCAGUGAGACUGAACAGGAGCCGACCGCGUACGAGUCAACGAUCCUCUGUGGAUCGUUUGAGCGGUUUGUUGAAUUGUUGCACCUUGUUAAAAAUAGGGCCAAGUACAAAGCAAUGCCACAGUUAGGAUUCCAGCGUAGAAAGGCUAGGUGGUUUCAUGGUGAGGGACCCGGUCCUCUCUCGUGACCCGUUUCUCUGGGAACACUCUGUGAGACAUUGGUCAUAAUAAUAAGCAAAUGCUUUUCUGUUUCCUCUUGAAAUGGGUGUAAUGUCGACCGCAUUUAAUAAAAGGUAGGCUGUAUUUAAAAAAAAAACAAAAAAUACAAACUUCGGAUGUGGAUGAAAACAUCCACGUUUUAAAAAUGGGGUUUUUUUUGUAUGCCGCGAUGUAGGAUCUUGACAGGUUUUAAAGAUGAGUCACGUCCUAGAACUCCAACAGUAAGCAAAUUGACUGGAUGAAGAAAAAAAAAGAAAAAAAUCAAACACAGCUCACUUUAAAAGCAGUUGUUCUUGUCUCUGUCUCACAUACAUUAAUGUAUAUGAUGGAUGUUCUCGGUGAUUUCUUAAUGCUUUGCAUUGUAUUGCUACGCUGCAGUUACAUACAUUGACAACUUUCUUUUUCCUUGUUUCUUUUGUAUUGACUCGUCUGCAUAUGUCAAUGGUCUGUAACUCAGAAACAUACCAAAUCUUCAGUUUCAUGCAGCUGGGAUGAGAUCCUGUACUCAGUGCAAAGACUGACUGGUGUGAAAUGAUGUUGGAAUAAGUGUAAUUAUUUAUCAAUAAACGCUGUCAUGGAUA